AUGUAUACCAACCAGCUAUUCCAGGAGACACCCAGCCGAAGUUUGCCAAUCGACUGGCCCGCACCUCCGGAGCUCGCACGAAGCCUCUCGACACCAGGUGCUAUGAACCCACGGCUGGGUAACUCGUCAUCCGUGAACCUUGGUGCGAAGCUAUCGCAGUUCGGUCAACCUAACUACAUGUCCUACUACCCGGGAUACCAGGACCAGAUGUACCAGGGCCACCAGGACCAUCUGUACACCGGUGGUUACGUGGAUAGUUCCAUGACCAAUGUCUAUGACGAGGGAUCCAAUUCCUACGGUGCUUACGGGGUCCAUGCUGGUGAGACCGAUUCUUAUAGCAAUACCAACACGCCCAGCGUUAACGCCAAAGUCACCAAUGUUAAUGCUAACGCUGAUUCUAUGGGUUUUCCUGCCAAUGCUGCCGCUUAUAGUCAUAGUAAUAACAACGCUGACACGUCGCUUGAUGAAUAUAUGUACCGUGACCAGAUCCAGUUUAUUGAAGCGCAGAUGGUGCUGGAUGAUGAAAGUUUCUCUGAAGCUCACGAUUCACCCCUCACGCAAGUGCUCCAGGGCUCGCCUCUCACCCAGCCUUUGCCACUUACCCAAUCUCUGCCUGCAUUCCACUCAUCCAUCCACCUCUCGCCGAUUGUUUCCAUCUACAUCGACGACCAGAAGGUGUACCAUGUGGUAGACCUGGUUCUCACAUCCAUGGGCUUGGGCCCUUUCCUCCACCAUGCCCAGCCGGUGCCCGAGACAUUUCUCCAAAUGCUCUUCGCGCCGCUCACCGCCAGUAAACAUCCGUUAUAUGUGUAUCUCAACGGGCUCGAUAAGUACGACGGUACCGUCAACGGAAAGCAGCGCAGAGAUAUGCCGCCUGUCGCAUGGUUGAUGAGCAUCAUUCACCAGCAGCCAUCUGUCCCCUCGGUGCAGAUUGGCCCCGAGAAGGCUAGCGUUUUAGCGAAGUUUUCCUGGUGCACACAAUUUGGUGGAGAGGACUUUGUGAGCAAGUUUUACGAUGCGACGGCUGGGGUGGAGGCCUUAAUGUUCAUUGGGAUGUGUUUGAUUCUUAUCAAGCAGAUUUCGGAUGUGUUUAUGAGCGCCGGUGAUGACACCGGAUGCGGUCUGGGGGAAAUCAGUUCAGGUGUAACAUUUUCCACUUUCAGUGGCGCCAGUUAUGGUAAGACAGCUUCAGCUUUAAAUAGUGCCAGUUCAGAUGUAACAGCUUCAGCUUUGAAUAGCACCAGUUCAGGCUUGGGGCUUAGCUCAAACUUGGGGACCCCUAUAAGUGGGUUUAUGCAAACCUCAGGUAUGGAGACUCCUCCAAUCGUCAACUCUGGAUUAAACAGGGUUGCGGGGCUGUCUGCUAGGCCGUUUGAGGUUUCCCAGCUUCUAUUGAAACCUGACAUCUUUACAGAUCCCACAUUCAUGAGCUCCUCUGAAACUCUCAAUUACGGUGCUCCCCCUGGGAUCUUCCCACAAGGCCCACGCUUUAACUCUGCAUCAGAGCCGCCUGCGGACAGAACCGGAAACAGUUCGAUCUGGACCAAUGCUGCGCCCAUGGACAACUCGCCACAGUCCACCUGGAGUCCGUUUGGCAUCGAGAAGGCGCGGAAGAUCAGUCUCGUUGACACACCGUCGCCGUCGCCUACCCCGAGCAACGUUUGGGAUCUUCCGGAUCUAGAUACCGAAAAGGUUGCCGUCCCCAAAGCUGGGUCGAGGACCGAAGCUAAGGCUGCGAGGGCUGUCGAGGCAAAAGUCAAGGAGACCAAAGCUGAGAUGUCCCCAGAUGGUAUUAGGGGUUCUUACCCUAAGGGUGUGAUUAGUGCAUCAAACAGGUCAGCUUCCGUUGCAAACAAGAAGACGGCGCUAGAACCAGCCAAAAUCCCUCUUCCCCUUGUUUCUGAACCGAAGCGAGUCAUUUUGAAGAGAGGCGACAGCAUCCCACCCGCUGAUAUUGCUAAAUUCCCGUCGCUCUCUGAGAGCAUGCCUGAUAAAGGCAAAAAGGUCUUGAGGCGUGGAUCGCCUCUGCCAGUCCCUGAGAACGGCGUCACUCCCACUGCCAUCAAGCCAGCUCUGAUUCCAGUGACCAGGCCUUUGUCUCUGCCUAAGACCAUGGUCAAAUCUGGUUCGGAGGCGUUCAAGACGCUAUUAAGUGAGAUCAACGAGAAUUUCACCGCUUUGCUUGAGACCACCUAUCACGCUCCUGUGGUUGCAGAAGAGAUUGCGCCUGAAGUUGCGGUCAAGGUGCUGGCUGACGACAAGAAGGUGAAGGUGAAGAAGGCCAAGCCGGUUUCGGCCAAAAAGGAUAAGUUGAAGGCAGUGGUGAUUCCGAAAGACCGAGAGAUUGUGCCAUUACCGGUGAAGGCGAAACCAGAUUUGGAAAAGCUUUUGGAGAAGAAGGAAGAGCCUGAGGCUAAGAUUCCAAGCAGUGUCCCUGUUACAAGCAGUAUCCCUGUUUCAGGCACUGGUCCUGUCAAUUCAAGUGCUGUUGAGAAGGCUUUAAAGAAAUUUGUACCAGCUAGGACUUCAGAUGUCACCAGCUUAAUGCCUGAGGAUUUUCCGAAAGACUUAGUCUCCUCUAAGCCCAUAUCUGGCCAGAACAGAGUCCAGGAAAAGGUUCAGAAAGAAGCCCCAGAGGUCGAAACUCAGAAAAAACCCGCGAAGGAAACGGUCAAGGUGGCGCCUGUUAAGGCGGUGCCGGUCAAACCUGAAAGUGGUGUCGCUGAUGCUGUGCCGAACGCGGUGGAUGAUGCCGUGGAGGAAGCCCUUUAUCAAAAGUUGAUUGCCGAUAUGAAAAAGGAUGUUGCAUUGCUCGAAACACAGGCUGCCAGAAUCGCUGAAGAAAAGGCUACUGACGAAGCCGAGACUGGCCCUCAGCCAGAAACCGGGACAUCGGACUCUGCGGCUCCCAAGGCGUUUGAAGUGACAGAAACUGGUCCGUCGUCUCCAAAGGCUGCGGAAGAGCAAGUAUCCCCUACGUCUUCUCCAGCUAUAUUAGUUGGUAAGCCGGUCACUCCUAUUGGUUCUAUUAUUACGGAGCCUAAACCCACAGUCAAACCUGCAAAGACGGAACCAACCUCUGCUCCAGUGGCAACCCCCUCGAUGUCACCCGUGGUGGGCGUCCCGCCCACAGUGGCCGCUUCUGCCAAGUCCAUGGCUCCAAAGUCAGACUACUUCCUGCUCCAUGAGGAAAUCAAACUCAACAUCCAACAAUUAAGAUGUGAGUUUAAGGACACCGAGUCGGCCCAUUUACAGUUUGUCCACACAGACCUUGUCAUCGAAGAAGAGUCCGGCAACAUGGCUCUUGAAAAGCCCGUGUAUGGCUCCUAUACGGCGAAGCAUAAGGCGGAUCCUACACAAACCAAAAGGAUCGCCCCGGAAGAGACCUCCGAGGCUCCACCAAAGGCCCAAGCACCUAAACCGGUACAGGCCAGUUCCUUGGCUGACACCAAAACGCCAGAAAAAAUGGAAAAGUUGCGCUACUUCUGGUAA